AGACUUCGAUGAGAAGGAGGGUUGUGUUUUGAUAAUUUAAAACCAAAUCCUCCAAAUUGGAUACGCCACUACUUGUAUUGGCAGCUUAGCCAAGUCAACACAUAACCUCAAACAAGGAUAGAACGGCGGGCCUUCUGGAUUAGGUGGAAAUAAUCUUAAUCUUUCCAUUAUGCCGCCAGCAUUAAUGUGAUAUAGUUGUUGCGGAUGAAUAUGGUGAUGGUGGAUGUUGGAUUUUGCUUACAUGAUCAUGAUAUAUCUUUAGAUAAGAGGACAAAGGCGUGGAUUAUGCAAAGCAAUCGGUAGGGGCAACUUCUGAGCUGUGACUCAAGUUUCUGGGCAUAUCAGAGAGGGGAGAGAAGGGCAGAAAUUUGAAAGGGAGGAGAAAUCGAGAAAGGAAAUGGGCAUUUGGCAGCAGCAACAGCAAGAGAGUCAGAGACAAACCAAUUCCUAUAAGGAAUCCAUUAAAGCUCUGGAAGCAGAUAUUCAACAUGCAAAUACAUUGGAAAAUGUCUGUAGCGCUUGGCAAGAUGCUUAUUGACUGCAGAGAUCUCAAGCCUCUCAGCCCCUUGAAUAUUAUCGAAUUCCCAUCAGUGUGUGGAAUGUUUGGGCAGUGAAAUGCUAUUCAAGAGGCAAAAUAUUCUAGUCCUUGCUGGCAUCGGCAUUUCCAAGGGAGUAUGAUGGUGCCUGUCUUCAAAUGAGGUUGGCUUACAGUCCUGUGGCACCUUUGUUCCUUUUCCUUGUACAGUGGACUGAUUGCAGCCUAGCAAGUACAUUAGGUCUUCUGCACAUUUUAAUAUAUAAGGUCUUUUCAGAUGGAACGACAACAAUGUCAAUUCAUGAAAGGAAAGCUAGCCUUCGGGAAUUCUACACUGUCAUAUAUCCAUCCUUAGUGCAACUUGAAGGAGGCCUAACAGAAAAGGAGGAUAAGAAACAGAGAGCAAUUUGCAUGGAAAGAUAUAAGAAAAAUGCCGAUGAAGAAAGAAACAAACUCUCAGACCUUGAUUUGGAACGUGAAGAAGAAUGUGGAAUAUGCAUGGAGACCAAUGGAAAAGUUGUGUUGCCUACUUGCAACCAUUCAAUGUGUAUAAGGUGCUAUCGGGACUGGAAUAUGCGAUCGGGAUCAUGUCCAUUCUGCAGGGAUAGCUUGAGAAGAGUGAACUCAACCGACUUGUGGAUGUUUACAAGCAGUGGUGAAAUAAUGGACACGGAAACGUUGAACAAGGAGAACUUAAGAAGGCUUUUUAAUUAUAUUGAAAAUUUGCCACUAGUAGUCCCAGAGAGCUUGUUUUAUGUUUAUGAUUCUCAUUAUGAUUCCUAUAUGAAGUGAACGAAUGGAAAUCAUUGACAUCUAGCCUGAAUCGCUAUUCCAAUCUCAUAGGUUGGUAUUGCUUCUGAUAUUGGCCUUGCCAGGUCUUGUUGGAUGAAGAAAGCUUCACCUACUUUUCUCACUUUUUGAUGGUUACAUCUCCCCAUUGUUAGCAGAAAAAAGCAGACAUAACGGAGGAGUUCUGGUUGCCUAAUUGUAAAGCACAUUAGAGUGUAUUUAAUAGUAUGUCUAGGUUGACUUGUACAGCAGAGAGCACCUGAACAUGGCAUGAUCUGGAUUUAUUGUAUGCUGCUGCUCUUAUAAGUUUGGAUGACCAUUUGUACAUACUAGAUUAGUCGAGGAUUGCCUGUAAAGAUGGGCAAGCUUAUAACUUGCUUCUUGUAAACAUGAUCUGAAGAUGCCCACUAUUUGUCUGGGAUGCAUUUGGACAAGCAGAGUUGUAGACUUGCUUUCUUCCUGAAUUUCAGUCCUGCAGAUUAAUAAAGGCAGCCAAUUGGCUGUUCAAGCAGGACCUUACUCUGUGUUAAAGGUUUCAUCUUUUAAUUGUAUAGGAAUCAUGUUCUCUAA